AUUAUUCUAAUUCAUCACUUGCUCACCAAAAAUCAAAGUAAAAGAAGGCAAGAAAUGAAAGUUUAUUCAAGCAUUACCAUGACAAAGUUCACUGCAGCAAAAAUUAUGAAUGCAUGUGUAGAUAGCACUUCUGCGCUUCUUUACAUCUCUAUUUUGUUGCUGAUCAUUAAAAUAUCCACUGCAAUUGACACCAUAAAUACAACUCAAUCUAUCAGAGAUAUCGAUGGAGACAGCAUGGUCUCUGCUUAUGGGAGCUUUAAAAUGGGAUUUUUCAGCCCAGGCAGCUCCAAAAACCGAUACUUGGGUAUAUGGUUCAACAAGGUAUCCGUCAUGACUGUAGUUUGGGUUGCCAACAGGGAAAUCCCCCUCACCAAUUCAUCAGGUGUGUUAAGGGUUACUGGCGAGGGACUUCUAGUCCUUCUCAAUCACAACGAGAGCAUCAUUUGGUCUUCCAACGCCUCUAGGUCUGCAAGAUUUCCAGUAGCACAGCUUUUGGAUUCAGGGAAUCUUGUUGUCAAAGAAGAGGAUGAUAAUGACCUGGAAAACUCCUUGUGGCAAAGUUUCGAUUAUCCAUGUGAUACACUCCUGGCAGGGAUGAAGAUGGGAAGGAAUUCAAUAACAGGCUUUGAUCGGCACUUGACAUCGUGGAAGACAACUGACGAUCCAUCUAGAGGUAACUUUACUUUCAGAUUUGAUCCUAGUGGAUAUCCUGAGCAAAUUCUGACAGAGAAUUCAAUUCGGCGGUAUCGGUCUGGACCCUGGAAUGGCCUGCGUUUUGGUGGUCCUCAAUUACGGCCAAACCCUGUAUACAAAUACGAGUUUGUUUUUAAUGACAAGGAGAUAUUUUACAGAUACCAGCUUCUUAACAAUUCAAUUCUUUCAAGGCUAGUGCUAACUCAAACUGGGGACGUCCGGCGUUUAACAUGGACCGAUGAAACAGGCAUCUGGGCGUUUUACCUUACACUAAUUGUUGAUGAUUGUAACCGAUAUGCAUUGUGUGGUGCAUAUGGGAGCUGUGAUAUUAACAACUCCCCAGCAUGUGGUUGCUUGAAAGGAUUUCUACCGAAAGUUCCAAGAACUUGGGACAUGAUGAACUGGUCAGAUGGUUGUGCUAGAAGGACUCCACUAAACUGCACAGGAGAUGUGUUUCAAAGGUAUUCUGGCGUAAAGCUGCCAGAGACGAGAAAAUCGUGGUUUAAUAAGAGCAUGAAUCUUGAGCAAUGCAAGAGCUUGUGUAUGAAGAACUGCUCAUGUACAGCUUAUGCAAAUCUGGACAUCAGGGAAGGAGGAAGUGGGUGCCUGCUAUGGUUCAGUGACUUGAUUGAUAUUAGACAAUUUAAUGAUAACGGGCAGGACAUUUAUAUAAGGAUGGCUGCAUCAGAACAAGAUCACAAUGAUGAAGAGGGGACUAAAUCCAAUAAAACGAAACAUACGAGGAUCAUAGUGAUCUCUGUGGUAUCAGCAGGAAUGCUGCUUCUAGGCAUAGUCUUGGUUCUACUUGUUCGGAAAAAGAAGCAGCAGAAGGGCAGAAAAGUGACAGGUAUUCUGGAAGGAAGGAGAGAUGAUACCUGCAAGGAGGAUCCAGAACUUCAGCUGUUUGAUUUGGGUACAAUUACUUGUGUCACCAAUAACUUUUCUCUUACCAAUAAACUAGGAGAAGGGGGUUUCGGACCUGUUUAUAAGGGAAUACUAGAAGAUGGACAAGAAAUAGCUGUGAAGAGGCUCUCAAAGAGCUCAAGACAAGGACUUGAUGAGUUCAAGAAUGAGGUCAUGCAUAUUGCAAAACUUCAACACCGGAAUCUGGUUAAGCUUUUGGGAUGCUGCAUGGAAGCAGAUGAAAGGAUGUUGAUUUACGAGUUCAUGCCUAAAAAAAGCUUGGACAUCUUUAUUUUUGAUCGAACACAUAGCGCACUACUGGACUGGCCACAGCGCUAUCACAUUAUCAACGGGAUUGCUCGUGGACUUCUUUAUCUUCACCAAGAUUCACGACUAAGAAUAAUCCACAGAGAUUUGAAAGCCAGCAAUAUCUUAUUAGAUAACACCAUGAACCCAAAAAUUUCAGACUUUGGCCUCGCUAGAAGUUUUGGAGAAAAUGAAACUGAAGCCAACACAAAAAGGGUGGUGGGAACAUAUGGCUACAUAUCACCUGAGUACGCAAUUGAUGGGAUCUACUCAGUAAAAUCUGAUGUCUUCAGCUUUGGUGUAUUGGUGCUAGAGAUUGUGAAUGGGAACAGGAAUAGAGGAUUCUGUCACCCAGACCACAACCUCAACCUUCUUGGCCAUGCAUGGAGACUAUAUACAGAAGGCAGGUCUUCUGAACUAAUUACUGAACCAAUAGCAGAAUCAUGCAAUUUAUCAGAAGCGCUUCGUUCAAUUCAUGUGGGUCUAUUAUGCGUACAAUGCCAUCCAAAUGAUAGGCCAAGCAUGUCAUCUGUGGUUUUAAUGUUGAGUGGUGAAGGUAAAUUGCCUCAGCCAAAACAACCAGGUUUCUUUACUGAAAGGACUUUGGUUGAAGCAAAUUCUUCAUCAAUAAAGAACACAUCAUGUUCAGUCAAUGAUUCCACCAUAACCCUAUUAGAGGCAAGAUAGAAACUUUUUUCUUUUUUUUGUCACUGGUAUAUUUUGUUUCUUGUCAUCUUCACAGAAACUUUUGUUCUUUUUAGGCUCAUUCGUCUCUGCUAUUUGUAUAGAUUAUUGGGUCUAUGUACGAAAACGACAGUUAGAUACUUUUGUUAGCAACAUGAACUUGGAGUAAUAAAUGAAAUCUAAAGAUGAAGAGCUUCAAGUUAUUUA